UUGUCAUACGUGUGUCGUGUGGUGUUUUUGUUGUGUUUUGUGGUUGGUGUGAUUGUUUGGCAAUUAUCACUACUACAAUAUAUCAUAUUAAAUUUUAGUAAUUCGGGUAGAUGUAUCUUAAUGCAAUGAAAAACACACUUUCUUUCUUUUAAUUUAACUGUAUAUUAUAUUCCAAAAUCGAUAACAUACCAUUGUUAUCGCCGAAAACACCACAAAAAUGGAUGUUUUGAUAACACUUUUUUACAUUCUUUUCUCGAUAUGCGUGGUUUAUCCGCCUACGGAAUUUGUAUCCGCCGGUUUUACGAUUCCGCAAGUGUUUGAUAGUUUUCUCGGUUCGGAAAACAUGAACUUCAUAAAAUACCACAUGAAGAGGAUUACUAUAACAGUAUUGAUACAUGCAUCGUUGCCGCUGGGAUACGUUAUUACAUUGUGGUGUGGUGGAGAACGCGGGGAAUGGAUGCUGUCAUCUUUGAUUGCGACGGCGCUAAUCCCUGCCUACAUGCUGUAUACUGUGACAUGCUGGUGGGAGCAUGACAAAACGAACCAUCCUGUAGUUAAAGCCCUAAUGCCUUAUGUGAGGCAUAGACAAGAUUGGAGAGUCCUAGCUGCUGACUUUAAUAUUGAAUUUAGAGGGGUGGACAAAGUCUCCUUACCUCUCAGUGCAACAAGCAAAGUUAUAGCAACUCAAACUUGGGUGAUCAAGGUAUCACAAUACCAUGUCAAUAUUAUAAAACAAUCAGACUGCACCCUUGUCGCUACUGCUACUGACACCCACAACCUCACACCUACGGGUGAAGAAGAAGUGCAAUUUGUCAACAUAGAAGUCAUACCUUUGCGUGAUGAUAUUGAAAGGUUUGUGUUCAGAAUGUCCACAGCGGCCCUGCGAGAGCUGCAGCCGAGGCUGGACCGACCUGUUCGUGUCCCAGAACACAUAUCUUUAAUGCCACCACUCAUUGAGAGAUUUGUGCAAGUAUUCAAGGAACAUGUUGAUCAGAAUCCUGUGUAUCAUGUGGAUCAGUCAUUUCAACAGGAGUUGGAGCAAUGUAUCGGCUGCAUGCAGAACUUGGCUGAGGUGAAGAUUAAUAAGCGAUGUGAACCAACUGAGGAGGUCCAAGGUGGACCACCACCUUGCCAGCAGUGUAACUGCAGGGUGCUCUGGUGUUGCGCGUGCAUGGCCCGCUGGUGGGCGACGCGUGCGGCCGGCGCACCUAGCUCGUGGCUCGCGGCCCGGGGUUCCUGCCCCGUCUGCAGAGCUGUGUUCUGCUUGCUGGAUGUCUGUUUCUGCACUAGCACACCAACAGAACCCGUGGAAAACCAGUGAUCUAGUGAAGUCCAGUAUGAUGAUAGUGAAAUGUUAAAGAAAUCAAAGGGAAGUUAUAAAUGUGGGUGGUAUAAAACGAGUGACGUAAUAGUGGGGUAAUAAUGAUGUUACAGUGCUAGUGAACGGUAAUUCUUAAACAGUAUUUUAUGAUAUAUACUGGGGGAUUAGUGUGCUGCGAUAAAUACUGAUGUUAUAACAGACUUUGUACUGUACUCUUUUCUAUUUUAUGUGAACAGAUCACAUGGCUUUUGGGACAAAAUUCCCAAAUAUAACCUGAUGAGGGCAAGAAUCUAAUUUGAAUACGCAAACUCAGCUAGUGUUUAAUGUUGUCUGACGUAUGUAAUAUUGUUGAGUGUGGUCCACUAAUACCUACUGUGAUAUGUGCACAAAAUACCACUGGACAUGUAACCAAAAAAGUGGUGAUUAAUUCUAUUUUUUUAUUUUACUUCAAAACUUGACUUUAUAUUAAUUUUUUUAAUUAUACUUUUUAUAAAGAAUUGUUCAUCAAUUAUUUUAAUUUAGCUAGAUGUCAUAGCAUAAGAAAAGAAAUCAAGAUAUUUCUUUCGGGUAUUUUAAUGUAGUCAAUUAUAGUUUAUAUUAAUAAAAUAUAUGCGUAUUAAAUAUUCAAAUGGG